AUGUCGACCUCCCAAAAUGCUUCUUCUGCUGUUUCUGGAUCUACAACUUUGAAGAAUUUAACCAAAUCUACAAAAAGUAAUAAUAACAGGAACACUGGAAAAGCUAUUGAUGAUUCAUCUGUAGGAUCUGAUCCAAUUGGCCCGAUGUCUAAGAAGCCGGAACCCUAUUUCGAUCCAUUUGCAGGAUCACAGGUAAGAACUAAUCAUGGCGAAACUAACGCUAACCCAAAUGUUGCUUCCAUGAUUAAAGGUUUGCAGGCACAAUUAGCAACGACACAAUCAGAAAAUAUCGCUAGAUUUGAUAUUUUGGAGUCUAGAAUGAUAGGAAGCGAGAGCCAACGAUCUCGAAGUCUAGAAGUCAGAAUUCAUGACUUAGAGGCUCAAGAGAAUUCACCUGCAAUUAAUAGGAGUGUCAACUUUGAAAGAACCAGUACUCAAGGAGCGUCGGCGUCUCAAUCAUUGGGUCAUUUAUUCUUUACUCCUCCUGCAAAACUCGAAUCUGCUUCCUUCUUUUAUGGAGGAAAUAGUUCAAAUAAUAACAACAAUAACAAUAAUAAUGAACAAACUCCUCCGUCUUCUACGGUGACUCCAGGUUUGACUAAUUCCCCUCUUAGUUAUGAAAAUAAUGCUAACGGUAUGCAGGACAAUGUGGCAAAUGCGUAUUUAGCAAGGGAGUUGCAGAAAAUCAAGGAACUAAUCUCAACAGUUCCGGGAUACUGCCAGCCAAUCCCAGAAGCCGAUCCACAGAUGUACAAGGUUUCCAGGUUUAUACCGGCUAUUGCUAGCGUGGAAAUUCCGAAGAAAUUCUCAGCACCUCAUAUGAAAAUAUAUGAUGGGACCACUGACCCAGAAGAACAUGUGGCCCAAUAUUUGGAAAGAAUGGAAACAGUUCCAAUUCCAAUGGAUCUGAGGGAAGCAUGCUUAUGCAAAGGUUUUGGGGCUACAUUGUCAGGUUCAGCCCUGAAGUGGUUAUUAAUUUUACCAAAUGGAUCUAUUACUUCUUUUGCACAUUUAGUUAAUCAGUUUAAUUUACAAUUUUCUUGUAGUAGACUUUUUGAAAAGAUAACGAGUGAUCUUUAUCAAGUCACUCAAAGGAAUAAUGAAUCUUUAAAAGAAUUUCUCAACAAGUUUACAAGGGAAUCUCUGCAGAUUCCAAAAUUAGACAUGAACAUAGCAGUUCAAGCUCUGAAGAUGGGAUUAAGCAAAGAUUCUUUAUAUUAUCAGGAUCUUGUUAUGACACCUUGUAGGUCACUUGACGAAGCAAGAAAUUGUGCUUUGAGGUUCAUCAGGUUGGAAGAAGACGAAAUACUGAGAAAGAAGAUGGAGACACCAUCAACAUAUGAUCGUCCAAAUAAGAGAACAGAAACUCCCAUAUUCCAACUAAGCACAAACAAGCCAUAUACGAGAGCUGUGCAACAAAAUACAGUCGAGAGGCCUAGAAGUUAUCAAUAUCCUGACUUAUCUAAAUAUUGUUUCCCUGUUGAUGUUGCAGGAAUAGUAGCAGCAAUGAAGAAUCUUGGGGACAAAGUCAGAUGGCCUCCCAAGAAUCCUAAGAAUGAUGCAAACAAAGACAAGUCAAGAUGGUGUUCCUAUCAUGAAGAUUUUGGGCAUACUAUUGAAGAGUGUUUUGCUUUCAGGAGGGAAGUUGGGAUACUCGUUGGCAAGGGAUAUUUAACAGAACUAUUUGGCAAAAAGAAGGCUCAAGAUAUCGAUAUUAAAGAUUUGGACAAGCAGAUUCAACAACAGCCAGCGAGGCCCAAAUUAACUCCGACUAAUGCUAGAAAUAUUAAUUAUAUUUCAGGUGGAUCGGAAGUAUGUGGUAUAUCCUAUUCGGCAGCAAAGAGGAAUGCAAAGGAAGGUAAAUCAGAAAAAGGAGAAAAGCCACUGCAGAAAUCCCAUGUGCUACGAAUGGAUAAAGUGACUUUUGAAGAGGAUGAUAUGGAAAGCGUCCAGGAUCCUCACCACGAUGGUUUGGUAGUGACUUUAUAUAUGGCUAACCAUUUUGUGCGCAGGAUCUUAAUUGAUAAUGGCAGUUCAGUCAAUAUCAUUAGAUUAGAAACCUUGAAAAGGAUGGGAAUCUCUAAAGAAGAAAUUUGCAGGAUAUCCACAGUUCUCGUUGGUUUCAGCGGAGAAACGAAGAAUACUUAUGGCGAAAUAAAAUUGCCAGUUUAUGUCGAAGGAGUAAAUUCAAUGCAAAAGUUUUGUGUUAUUGACUCUUUACCUGGUUGCAAUAUUAUUUUAGGUAGGCCAUGGAUACAUGAAAUGAGAGCUGUUCCUUCAACUUAUCAUCAAUGCGUGAAGAUCCCAACUCCCUGGGAAGUAGUGAAGAUAAAAGGAGACCAGAAAGAUGCUAAGGAAUGUUAUACGGCUUCCAUGAAAUCUACAAAUAAAUCUAAUGAAGCUUAG